CUUGAGCAUCCCCAAAAUUCAAAUCUAUCAAUCACCCACACCUAAACUUCGAUCUCCCUUAAGAUCCACUAUUAGCAAUUUAUAAUUUAUAGUAUUAAGCUUAAAAAUGGAUGAGAACAUGGAUCAAAAGCGUUUGAUUAUUAAAGAGAUAAUUCAAGCAAGAGAGCUAGUAAAGGAACUUCAAGCUCAGCUCAAUCCCUCUUCUGUCUCUGGUCAAGACUUGAUAACCAGAAUCUUAUGUUCCGUAGAGAAUUUUCUCUCGAUGCUAGAACGAGUAAACAUGGAGAACGAAUCUGGCCUGGAGUCUCCCCUGGGUUAUGUAAGUGGAAGCCCCAACUCAGAUAUCUUCCACGGCGGUUCACGAAAGAGGAAAGGGAUUGUGAGAUGGACGGAACAAAUACGUGCUUCCGCACAAACGGGACUCGAAGGACCCCUAGAUGAUGGAUACGACUGGAGGAAAUAUGGGCAGAAAGACAUUCUUGGAGCUAAGCACCCUAGAGGUUAUUAUAAAUGUAGUCAUCGAAAUGGUCAAGGUUGCUUAGCAAUGAAACAGGUUCAACGAUCCGAACUAGAGUCAUCCAUCUUCAAUGUUACUUAUAUUGGAAAACACAGUUGCAUUGAAACAUCAGAACUACUUUCAGAACAAUAUUCUCCAAUUAAACAGGAUCAUGAUCAGCGUCACCGCCCAAAUUAUCAUCAAGAGCAAAGGGAGGAUAUAUCAUUUGAAGAGACAUACAUAAACUUUCAAACAUCAAGUGUUCAAGUUGGAAAAGACAAAGAUAAAUUUUUUGAAUCUUUUCCUUCUUUUUCUAUAUAUUCUACUACUUCUAUACAACCCAAUGUUGGUAAUUGCUCAGAGACUAAAGAUAAUCACUUUUUUCCUCCUUCAGUUAAACCUGAAAUUCAUUCUCCUAGUCUUAGUCCUAGUCCGACAUUUAUAAGCACUCCCACAGCUUCAGAAUCCAACUACAAAAUGAACAGUAUUGAAGGUUACAAUAUUGGUGAAGAUUUACUACAAACUACUGCUGAUUCUCAUGAUGUUAAAGAUCAUAUGAUUAUUUCACCAAUUGUUAGUGCAACUUCGUGCGCGAAUAAUAGUUGCACGAAUCUCAUGGACUCUAGCUGGGAUUGGGAUUUCCCAAUAGAUUAUAGUCCUCCACAAUUCUAAUAAUUUGAGUUAAUCGCGAUUGUACUGCACACUAGUUUAUCAGCUGAAAACGCUAUCGAUUAAAAAAAUCGGUGUGUUGAUCGUCUAUUGUAGUAUUUGACGGCAUUUUUGGGACAGGGUGUCUUUUUGUAUCGAGUUUGAGCAUCAGUUAUGAUUAGGUUCAACACUAGUAUAAGAAUAGUUAUGUUACAGUUAAAUUUCUUAAUUUUGUA